CUCUCAUUCGUUUUCUUCUUAAAUACCAUCUUAUGGGAAACCUUAUGUUGGCCUCGCUGUUGUUCAUCCUUAGCAUCUGCCUCAUUCCUCAGCUUGGCUCAGCUCAACUCCGGCAGAACUACUACGCCAACAUCUGCCCAAAUGUUGAAAGCAUCGUAAGAAACGUAGUCAAGACUAAGUUCGACGAGACCUUCGUGACCGUCCCCGCGACCAUUCGCCUCCUGUUCCAUGACUGUUUCGUCCAGGGCUGUGAUGCUUCAGUGUUAAUUGCCUCCACUGGGAGUAACACGGCCGAGAAGGACCACCCCGAUAACCUAUCGCUGGCCGGAGAUGGAUUUGAUACCGUUACCAAAGCCAAGGCGGCGGUCGACACGGUUCAACGAUGCCGGAACAGGGUGUCCUGCGCGGAUAUCCUCGUGAUGGCCGCUCGGGAUGUGAUAUCAAUGGUUAGUCUCUCAUAUUCUGCAUACUUAAUGCACGCACAAUCCGAAUCCCGCACCCUUCUGCUGGGACAAUGGUGUUAUCGGAUCCAGCAAUUUUCCUUUGCCGCGUAA